CCCCAACAUUUAAAGCUCCCAUAACGCUACCAAAGAAAACGAAAACGAUGUAAUAUAAAGAGAAGCAACCUCAUGACGUCAUCACAACACAACUCUUAAGACGGACGUAAAAUUCACAAAUUCUUGGUCGUCAAGCAUAAAGAACCCUAACAAGUAACUGAAAGAUGAGUGCAGUGUUUGAAGAGGUUGUGAGCAUGUCAGAAGAAGCAAGCCUCUUGUACGGGAAUGGAAACUUGGCUCAGUGUGCCAAAACACUGCAAGGUUUGCAGAAGCAGCUGAUGAAUGUUGACAGAUGGAAGUUGGAUGUGUCCGUCUUGUGGAAUAUUUGCGGAAUAAUCAAGAGUGAGGUAGCUAAAUGGAACCAAGGAACACAGACCAAGGUGUCCACUGACAGCCUUAUUGUAGUGUCUUCUUCGCUCUGCUGUUUGAGAAACACCUUCCCACACUGCUCUAGGACACAACUCUUGGUGGCAGAAUCGGAAGAUCUUUUGGAUCCCAUUAUAUCUUGCAUUCAGUGGACAUUUAGAGAUGAGAAAGAGCUGCUGUCACAAGUUAGUCAGCCUCUAGAACUAACAAAUAUAACAGGAGGCAGCAUCACUCAAACUACAGAGGGAAUAAAAGCAGCAGAAUUAGACAUGGAAAAUGACAGAGAACCGCACAGUGAAUGGAGAAAGGCACAUUCCACUUUGGCCUCGGCUUGUGUAACUUGUUUGGGAAAUAUGGUAGCCGCUAAUUCCACAACACGGAAGCUACUUUGGCCACUUGUACUGCCAAUAUUAGGAGAUCUACUUGCAUAUCGUGACUGGCAAGUGUCCCAAAUGGCUUCGAUGAUACUUCAUAAUUGCCUUCUAGAGCCGAGCCUGCGAGAAGAACUCUGCAACAACAGAGAAGUGGAUGUCAUCAUAGGCAAGCUACUCUCUCUCUAUGUGAAUGAGAGUCAGUACUCCUGCUUCGUUCUAUUCUGUUUGGAAUUGCUCUUGUCCAACAAAAUUAUCGUGAAGGCCUCUUGGCCAAUUCUCUCGGGAAAACAAAAGCUAUUGUGUCUGGAUGUGCUGGCAGCUAUAUUGAUGGACCCGUUACACUCGAGAUGCGAACCACUGCCAGUCUCUACAGUCACAUUUCUAGUCAAUAUUUUUAAGAAUGAAGCGGACAAAAUUUUAUGCUCGCUUGCAAGUCAACUUCAAGAAGAUGAUUCUCAGGUUUUGGUGAGAUUGGCCAAUUUUGUGUGUUCGGCAGCGGCUUCAGAUGCUUGGAGAAACUUGCUUCAGCAAGACACAAGCCUUCUCAUCACUAGUGUCUAUUUGUUGCGGUCCAUAACGGACAUGGGGAAGCUGGGUGGAAAUGUCUUCACACCUUUGAGCAGACUGUCUGAUCUCACUGAUGAACAGCAGAUGGCAAAUGCUGAAAAUCAUCCAGCCUUUGGCUUUAAGUGCGACCUCAUCAGGCUCAUCGCAAGUUUGGUGUACCGGCACAAAGGCAAUCAGGAUCAGAUUCGAGAAAUUGGUGGUGUAACUCUACUGUUGGAGAGCUCGAAGUUUGACGCAAGAAAUCCAUUAAUUAAAGAAAUUUCUAUCUUCGCUGUGCGUAACCUUCUAGAGGGCAAUCUAGAAAAUCAACAGUUGGUCAAAGAACUCAAACUGGAAGGGGUUGCAGAAAAUCCUGGAUUGCAAGAGCUUGGCCUAGAGGCAGUAUGUGAAGGGGAUCAGAUCAGACUAGUGCAACGAACAAGCUCUCCACUUCCCGAUGAAGAUGCUGAACUCUGACCCAUAUUUUCAUAUUCAUGUAACUUUAUUGCAUUAGUUCAUCCUGGGUUGGAAAUACAGUAUAAACAAAAUAAAAAUUUGCAUUCCUAUAAUAAAAAGGUGAUAAAUGUGUAUUCGUUAUAUAUUCAACUUAUAAUUAUAUUUUACUAUAAGCUGAUAUUUUUAUGAUCAAACUUUUAAGUACACUUUAAUGUAUUAAUUAUGCCUUCAAAUAGGAAUAUUGCAUUACUGUAUAUUACUGUACAUCAAUUAAAAUUGUUUUUUUCAUGAAAUAGUUUUUCACUUAAAAUACUAUAACUCACAUUACAACUGUCCAGCAACCUUGGGUCAUUAUAACCUUUGCUCUAUGUUCAAGAAGCACAGUAGGGAAGAUGCAUUUGAUUCUCAACCCAAACACAUUUUUCUCUCUCCCCGGAAGUCACAGUUUUGGACAAUCAAGUCGGUCCAUACUUGCCAGCCCUUGGCUCAUGCUACAACCAACCAAUCUAUAUUAGGCUUCUGAAUUUCAUAUAUAUAUAGCAACAAACAAAAACAAUUUACACUGGGUUGAUGAAUAUGUCAAUUACUUGUUCUUAGGUUUUGCUUACACCUGUUUGUUUGUUCAUGACCCAUAAUAAUAAUAUCACUAAUGACAUACUGUAUGUAGAAAGACCUUAAGAUAGCAAAUACAGAGUAAGUAUAAUGCAAAAUAUAUAUUCAGUAUAAAAUAUUUACAUUAUAAAAUAAUUAUAUAAAAAAUAUUGAAUAGUACUUAUUUUUGUUAAUAAUGGUAAUAAUCUUAAGAUCUUAAUAUUAAUAAGUAUGGUCCUUUAAGAAGAAAAUCUUGUAUAUAGCAUUGAGAGAGACUCAGAGCAACACCAGCAUGAAAUAAUGGAGAAUACAGAUACUGUACUAGACAAGACAUAAAACUAACACAUUUCUUACUCUACAAACUUGAAAGGAUAUGUAACCUUAGUUCUCGGUUUCCUUUUAAGAUUUGCUGGGGGUGGUUAAAUGCCUUAUUAUAUUCUCCAUGGACAUGUCACAUCUUAAAUAUUUAAAAACAAAAAUAAAAUGUGCAUGAUAAACCUUUUGUUUGGCAAAGAAAUAAUGCACACAAUUUUCCUUCACUACUCUUGGUAUUAUCUUUGAAAUAAAAACACAACUUUGCUCCUUGUGCUUUCAGAUUUAAUUCACAAUAUAUACUUAUCUACACUAAGAUCUUUGUCGAAGGAGCUGCAAGUCGCUUCUUGAAUUCUGAAUAAUCAGGAUGUUGGUCUAUGGCCCAAAAUGGGAUCUUUAUCAGUAUCACUCCUUGUUUCACAUUAGAUUGGGGAACACCCUUGACCACUUAAAUAUCAUGAGCAUUUUAUGUAUUAUAAUAUCAAUUUAAUAAAUUAUAAUAAAUGAUUUGUAUCUAUGUUAAAUUUAAAUUCUAAUAUUUCAGUGUUAUUUAUUUAUAUGCUGAUUUAUCAAAAACCAAUAAAAUCAAAUUAAAAUAUUGUAACCAAACCUGUUUCUUGGAUAAAACACAAUGUGUAGGUUUGUCAGUCAGUGUGCUAGUAAUAAACUCUAAAACCACUAACAAUGCUUCACAAUCAGUCUCAUCAUACACAUUUUAUAGAUCAAUAAAGGCAGCAUACAACUUAGUCCCCUUUGCUAAAACCUUUUCAACCACCAUUCUGAUCUGAUCACCAUUACUGAUUAACCAGUAAAUAUCUGAUUUGUACAGACCCUACUCUUCUUAAAACUCACUCUGCUCCUUCCUUGUCUUACUUUCUAUUAUCUCUCUUACUCUUAAUUUACAUCCUUACAUAUAGGAUUCAACUAAUCUUCGUAUAGUUCCCACAAUCUUCUCUAAUACCCCUUUCUCUGAUAUAAGAUGCCUCAAUGGUCUUAGUACAGUUGUCAGACACACUCCUGCCACAUUACGUGACAUACAUUUAAAAUUAUGAUCACUAUCAACUAUACCAGGAGCCUUUUCCCCUCUUUAGCCUAUUCAUCGCAUCUGUAAUUUUCCCUCUCUCCUCCUUUGUUCCAUUGGUCUUCUUCCACCAACUUCACUCAUUCUAAAACAUGUUAUUAUUGUCUCUUGUUCACUAUAUGCAACAGAUAUACCGUACUUGAAAUAUUCACUCCACCUAUGGAUAACAUCAUGCACAGGUAUCAACACAGUCCUUCCCCAGUCUCCCAUGCUACAGCCUUUACUCUUUACCUCCAUAAUUUCCCCACCAUGACUAUCUUUAACCUUUUUGUAAAAUAAUUUCUCCCAAAUGUCUUAUCAUUUAUAGUUUCAUCAUCCUAUAAAUAUUUUCCUUACAUUCUGUUUACAAUUUUACUUAAAUUUUCGUCUCUAACUCACAUCACUUUGCACAUCUUUCUGCAACAAUAUUUUGCAUUCAUAAUCUCAAAGUAAUUUUCCCUACAUCAUGUAGUUUACGGAGAGAAAGUCACAACAAUGUGGCUGAAAGAAAAACCCCAACCCGCUCAUGUGAAAUAAAAUGAAAGUAAUAACGUUUCAGUCCAUCCUGAACCUUUAUUUUGUGUCGGUUGGGUUAUUUCACUGUGUACUGUAUUUUUUUUGUUUAGAAUAGCCGAUUGUGAAGCAUUCAAUAUAAUACAGUAUAAAAUAUUUAGAUUACAAUUACAGUAUAAUUAAUACUACAGUAGUUCUGUGCUGCAGUGGCUGAUGUAUGUGUAUGCAUCAACGAGUUACAUUAACAUCAGUAAACUUAGUGAUUGACAGUGACGAAGAUCUAGAAGGUCUUGAUAAACUACAGGUUGCUUGUACCUAGCAAGGUAUACCCAACCUAUUCCAAAUUUCUCCAAAUAAGAUCCGUAACUACAAUAUUUUUCACCACUGCUAUUGUUAUGGUGUCACUUCAGUAUAAAAUGUACAUUUAAUCUUCAAAAUACUGUAAUGAUAUACUGUGUUGUUAUAUCUUAAUUGUUGUUAACAUUAUAAUUAGAAAGUCUGGUUUAUGAUUUAUUAUUGGGAUUAUCAGAAUGUGUUUGUGAGGAGGAGAGAAGGUAUUUGUUUACAUGGAAAUAAAGCACAUAAUUGAC